GAAGGGGCCAAUCCACGCCGCCUGCUUCACCCUCUCCGCCUAUGCGCGGGUUCUCCCGCGAACGGGGGUGGGAUUUCCGCAGCUCCUGGGCUAUCUCGCUGAGGGACUGAGAGGAGUCUUUAUUAUGGAUUCCGCUUGAUCUGCUUUUUGGGCCUCCUCGCUUUUUUUUUUUUUUGCGGUUGGUUCUUCUUCCUUAUUCUAGGAAUUGAAUUAAAAUGCUGCUGUCAAUAGGAAUGUUAAUGUUGUCUGCCACUCAAAUCUACACCAUUCUUACAGUUCAGCUGUUUGCUUUCUUAAACCUGUUGCCUGUGGAGGCAAACAUUUUAGCGUUUAAUUUUGAAAAUGUGACACAAACGUUUGAUGACCUGCCAGCAAGGUUUGGCUACAGGCUGCCAACGGAAGGCUUAAAGGGUUUUCUAAUAAAUUCAAAGCCUGAAAAUGCAUGUGAACCUAUAACCCCUCCACCUUUGAAAGACAACUCUUCCCGUGAAUUUAUUGUUUUAAUCAGAAGACUUGAUUGCAACUUUGAUAUAAAGGUUUUGAAUGCACAAAGAGCUGGUUAUAAGGCAGCCAUAGUUCACAAUGUUGAUUCUGAUGACCUCAUUAGCAUGGGAUCUCAAGACAUUGAUGUUUUAAAGAAGAUUGACAUUCCAUCUGUCUUUAUUGGUGAAGCAUCAGCUAAGUCUCUUAAAGAAGAAUUCACCUAUGAGAAGGGAGGCCAUAUUCUGUUAAUCCCAGAAUUCAGCCUUCCUUUGGAGUACUACCUAAUUCCAUUUCUAAUUAUUGUGGGAAUCUGUCUCAUCCUUAUUGUUAUUUUUAUGUCACAACAGUCUGACGGCGGAGAGAAAGAGCCUCUGUGGAUGAGUAGGAUCCGCUGCUUGACCAUCUUUCUUGGCAUCACAAAAUUUGUCCAGGACAGACACAGAGCAAGAAGGAAUCGGCUUCAAAAAGAUCAGCUUAAGAAGCUUCCAGUACAUAAGUUCAAGAAAGGAGAUGAGUAUGAUGUUUGUGCUAUUUGUCUGGAUGAAUAUGAGGAUGGAGACAAACUCAGAAUUCUUCCUUGUUCUCAUGCAUACCACUGCAAGUGUGUGGAUCCCUGGUUGACUAAAACCAAAAAAACAUGCCCUGUCUGUAAACAGAAAGUUGUCCCUUCCCAGGGAGACUCAGACUCUGAAACAGACAGUAGUCAGGAAGAAAAUGAAGUCUCCGAGAACACUCCUUUGCUUCGGCCACUUGCAUCCAUCAGCACUCAGUCCUUUGGGGCACUGUCAGAGUCUUAUUCUCAUCCAAACCUGACAGAGUCUUCCGACUAUGAGGACGACGAUGACUAUAACGAUGAUGUCGACAGCAGUGAUGUAGAAAAUGGAGUAACUGAAGAGAAUGUGGUAGUCCAACUACAGCCCAGUGAUGAACAGGAUUACCGAGUGGCAAAUACCGUUUGAACUUCACAACAAAUGGUGUUAAAUGAACUCUUCUGGCCAGAGAGCUCUACUUUAUGUACACAUACAUAGGGGAAACACAUUGUGACCCUGCUUGUUGCUUCAAGUAGAAGCAACUGUUCAUAUAGUGUUCUGUAUAGUUUAAUCUCAUUA